GAAGUACACCUUUAUCAAUGGCAGUACAAAAAUAUGAAUAAUGUGGUGUUUGUAUUAAUUAUUUAUAUUUUAAAUAAAAUAAUAUUUCUUUAUUAAAAUUAUAUUAAAAAAUACAGUAUUAGUAAUAUUUAUUACUGCCAUCUAUGAAAGAAACUCAUAAACACACCUUUGCCACCUAUCAUAUUUCCUAGAAAUGUUCUAACCUCAAACGCCAUUACUCACUAAUUCAGUCAACGAUGGCAACAAACACCGAUUUAACUGAAGAAGAUGCGGCCGACUUGCAAUUUCCCAAAGACAAUUUCAACCCGGCGCCAAUACCUUAUUUCUCGAAUAAAUUAAUAGACGACUCGGAUAUCACCGGCGAUUAUUGCGCGAAUUGCGAUAGUGAAUUGGGCCCGAAAUACAUACAGUGCCCGCAGUGUAACGUAAAUUUGUGUUGUUUGUGUUUUUCCAAGGGGGUGGAGUUCUCAAACCACAAAAGUAAUCAUGACUACAAAGUGCUGCAUACGAACUUUAUUUUGUACGAUAACUCGGAUUGGACUGCCGAGGAAGAGUUAAAAUUGCUGGAGGGUUUGAAUUCGUAUGGCAAUUGGAACUUGGUUGCUCAAGAUUUGCCCAAUCGUAGUGUGAAAGAGAUUAUUGAGCAUUACGAGCAGUUCUACUUGGAUGGGGGUGUUUUAUUGGAUAUUCCGCGGUUUCCUGAAUUGGACGCAGCCGCCUUUCCUCCUACGAUUGUGCCUUACCAAUUUAAAUUGACUGAUUGUGAUGAUCCACCUCGUUACUCAUCAAGUUCAACGUUUUAUGCCAAUUUGGCAGGUUAUAAUGCUGCAAGAUCAGAAUUUGAAAGUGAAUAUGAUGCCAAUGCAGAAGAUAUUUUAUCAAACCUGGAAGUGUUGGAUGAAAGUCAUCCUUUCUACAAAAUAACAAAUAGUCUGCAAUUUCAACUAAUUGAAAGUUAUAAUAAACGUCUCAAAGAAAGGCAGAGGUGGAAGGAUGUUAUGAGAGCUCAUGGUUUAAUUUCAAUCAGGAAAACUGUAACGUGGCUGAGAAGAUACGACUUAACAAUUACAAAACCAAUAUAUGAAAAGUUAAUUAAGUUUAUGCAGUUUUGCGAUCCCACUAGCUUUGAGUAUCUUAUGGAGGGUCUGCAUAGAGCUGGGGAGUUAAAAAUACAAAUAUCAAGAUUAAUACAGUUAAGAAGAAAAGGUGUCGCCACCCUAGCGGGCGGCAAACUAUUUCUAAGAAUUCAACAAAUACACGAAGAAAACAGAAAAAAGCUCAAAAUUUUCCGCUCAAAUUCGCAGUUUAAUUGGAAGGCGAUUCGCAGCAAUAGCACCACUUUGGUGAUUCCAAAGUUAAAUAAACGACGACAAGGAUUUUCUCCUUUGGACAUAGUCGGUCUUCCAGGGUACGAAAAGUUGACUGACAAGGAGAGGGAUCUCUGCAGCAAAAUUCGUUUGGUUCCUGCCACUUAUUUGGAGCUUAAAAGUGUCUUGGUUUGCGAGAAUAAUAAAGUGGGGCAUGUUAAGCUACAGACUGCCAGAAAAUUGUUAAAAAUCGAUGUUAAUAAGACUAGAAGGUUGUUUGAUUUUUUGGUUGAGGAAGGGUUUAUUUUAAAAUAAAAUUAUUUGGAUUUUAUAUAUAAUUAUUGUGAUAUUUUUAACCUGUUACCUAUUAAAUAGCAAAUAAAUUUACCAAUAA